CAGGGCUGGCAGCCAGUUGUAUGACCUCCUUUUUUACUUCUGUGAAUAUUGUGCCAAGUUCUCCACCUCUGCAAAUAAGAUAAGAGCACAACUGCACAAACUUUUCCAGCACUACAGUAAUGUUUAACCAGAUAAUUAUUCUUUCUGAGGCACAGAAAGUAAAUGAGCGCAAUUUUUUUGCCACUAUCAUUUUAAUACUUUAAAUUCUUGUGAUAGGCCAACAAAAUGGACGAGACAUUGGAGAAAGAGAAUCCGCCAUCUGAAGUAAACGUUUCUAAUGAAGGUGGAAUUCGGCUACGGUUGAGAGACAGAGACCUGCUGAAGAAACGAAAGGCUGAGGCAGAUGAAAAGGCAAACCAGUGGGUGUCUCGGGAACAAAGCCUAAAAAGAGCAAAAAAUUGGUCCAGUGGUACCCCUGGAAGAAAAGGUCGACCAAGAAAACAGCAACUGGAAGUUCUGUCAGAAGAUUUAAGUGUGGUUCAGGAAACAGAUCCUCUCUCCAUUACACCACCUGUAUUACCCACAGAAGCUACAACAGCAACUCCACAACCAGCUGAGCCACAACCAGCACCAGUACCAUUGUCUUUGGAAACAAUAAAAGAAAAAACGCUUGAGACGUUUUUCAUUGAGGAUUUAGGACCUGAUGAGGAGGAAGACGUGCCUUUAUCCCAAAAAAGGCUUGUCAUUGAUUCAGAAAUAGGUGAACAGCGUACUGAUGUGCCUGAACAGAUUCAAAUCUCAGUGCCAGUGUUUGCUCCAGCUACUGCUUCAUCCUACCCAGAAAGCCUACAUGAGAAUGUACCCGAGCACCUUUUUUGAGUACCUGUUCUGUACAAUGCAAAAAGACAACUUACAUGUUAGACAAAAUAUUUUUAUUGGAACUCUAGAACAACAAACAGUAUAUUUAUUCAAAUUGUUCAUGUUUUUUGUGUAUGCUACUCAUCAUACAAAAGUUGAAACAUAAAAGACAAAUUAAAGGAAUUGAUUUUAUAGUAAAUCACUGUUGCCCCUUUCUGAGGCAAAAACUUUUAGGGCUAUGUGACAAAUAAUCUGUUCAUUUGUAUCUGAAUAUUUGAAAUAAAACAACUUUUAUACAUUG